AUGUUUUCUGGGUUGAAACCGAUGUUGCUUAUGGCUCUUUUAACUGGAUUUUGUUUGGUUUUCAAUCUCCCUCGAGAAUGCCUAUGUAUAACGAAGAUAUUCAUUGGUUGGAUGGUGACGGUUUUUUCGUCGAGAUUGAUUGUAGAUGGAUGUGCUUCCAGGACAUACGUUGGAAAACCACUGAAACUCUCAGAAGAGGCUCUAAAGAGUGACCGAAUAGUCAACUUGACAAGACUAGCUAUAAGGAAAUUUAACGAACAAAAUGAUGAGCUCUACUGGUACGCACAACGUGAAAUUUCUAGUGGACGCAAAUGGUUACAUAAGGGGGCGAUUUACGAACUAGAUUUGAUACUACACCCAACGUAUUGCAUGAAAAACACCAUUUUGCAGAAUCCAGAUGAUGAAGAAGCUUGUGCACCGAAAGGGAAUUCGGUGAAUGUUAGUUGUGCAUUCUUAGUCUGGCAAAGAGUUUGGGACAAUCAUAAUGUGAUGAUCGAUACCUCCGAGUGCUUACGAGCCGAGGGGUUCGACAGUGGCACACCAGUGCGGGAAAUCCAUACACAACCCGAAAAAUUGAUCAAAUCCACCAAGGCAUAUCAAGAGGUUAUCAGAGACAUCGGUGAACAACUGAAGCAGAAAAGUCAGCUGCCUCCUGAUGCUCCUUAUACCGAAUACUUUUAUAUUGUGAAAAAUAAGAUGGCCAUCCUGGAAUACAAAUGGAAUCUUACCGGGUGUCUGGAAGCACAGAACGCAAACUCUAGUGAAUGCUACGACAAGCUGCCCGAAAAUACACUGCUUACAUGCUCGGCUGAAUUUGAUUGGCCGUACGGAAGAAAUGGAAGUUGGGUGGAGUUGUUGGAGUGCGCUUUGACGCCUACUGUGUCACGUGAGGAUGAACUGUACUCGAUUACCCAUUUAGCAAUGGCGAAGGAGUUUAAUACGAGCCUUCCGAUUGAAUAUCCAACUUUCAUGGGGAGGACACUAUCGUGGCACUUCAGAAAGACUGAAGAGAGCAUUGCACCUUCACCUGAGGAUGAAAACUGGAUUUUUCCACUUAUCAGCAAAGCCUACAUGAGGGAACAUCAAGAUGACAAUCGUUAUUUGGAUGUAUCGCCUCAGGAAUUCAUCAAUAUGCGCAAGCAGCGCAUUUUCCGUCAUCCAUAUGAAUACAAACCGGAUAGUGAUUCGGGAAGAUCCAUCGAAGAGAACGUUUGGUGCAAUAUGACGCUCUUCGUUAAAGAAUGGAGGGUUGCAAUAGAUAACUGUCAGGAAAGUGAACUGCGGUCGUCAACCAAGGCUAAGCCACUCUCGGAGGAAGAAAAAUCGGAACCGUGGUUUGCACGAAUGUUGGAACUGCUCACUGAACAGUUCAGUGAUGUGAAUCCGCUUGAAGCCCCGUUCAUCGCACGUGAAGUUCAUCGUGGGAUUAAGAGAUCUGUCAGUGAAAACGGAAUGGAUACAACACUACUGGAGCUGACCGUGAAAUUCAAACUGUUCACUUGUCUGUCGGAAUCGAUGUACUCCACUUGUGAUCCAGAUGCAGAGAACAUCAUUUGCGACGUGGUGGUUAAAAAUACCAUGGAGCAUUCAGAUGAAUGGGUUGUAGUUUCUCUGUCUGACUGCUCGCAUUCCGUCAAACUUCCAACGGAAUCAAUAGCUCAAUGGAACAAGUUCCCCACAGAGCGACUAAUCAUAGAACCACAAUGGCAGAGUCGCCUUGAACACGCGGUUCGUGUGCACAAUUCCUACUUCAGUAGCACACCUAACUAUACACGGUACUACGCGACGGAUGCCCACGUCACAUCUACGUUAGAAACGGAAGCAGUUAGGGCGAUGUUCGAACUCAACAUGGAUAUUGAAUGGCCUGUCAACAAGCUUCGUUCGUGUCGAGUAGUAAUUACGGAGUCCGAAGGAGGAAUCUCAAAUGUUGAAAUCUACAACUGCAAGGAAGAAUAUUUAUCUGGUCGAAGUGCAACCUCCGGCACUUAUCGCCCAAUGAGAAAAACUGAGAUAAAUUCCGACGCAUUUGUCAAAUUGCAAAAGUUAGCUGUAUCGAAGGCAAACAAGAUUUUGACCACCUCUGACUUCUAUUACAAACUGAGUCACAUUCAAAGAAGUGAAGCAAAGGUCGAUGACAUGGUAAGCGUUGAAUUUGAAAUGGUCCUAAUAAAGACGGAUUGCAAUCGGGUGGACGAAACCAACUCUUUCGGUCAAUCUGAAUGCUCAUUCCAGGAUUUUGGGUGUGCCGCUCCAGUUUCCUCGGCAAUUCAGUUUUCAAAGAAAUCACUUCACUUAGCCAGCUACCAGGCCUACUCCAUCAAUCAUGAGACGACCACAAGCAGAGACGAGCAGACUGUGAAUAUCAGUCUGAAAUGUCAACCCACCACAAACCAGUUUGAUGCUGAGAUGCCACGCUGCACGCAAACUCUUUCUCGCAGUUCGGCUAUGGUUUGUCACGUGCAAGCCCGGUCAAUCUCAUGGGUGCACUCUUUUCGCGAUGUUCGGGUAUCCAAUUGUCGCGUUGUUGAUCCAACACCACCAAACCUCAACCUACCAUCAACUUACCUGGAUAUCAUGGCCGCUGAAACUACAUUUUCCGAUAUACUGAAAGAAGUGGAGGUGGAUUUUAACAAGAUGAAUUCAAUUUCAAAGUAUUUUGGCCUGGUCACAGUGGAUGAUGUGGUAAACCACAUGACACAGGCAGACGCAGCAUUAUUUGUGACAUUUGAGGCAAUAUUUCAAGAAACCAAUUGGGAGAAGAAGAACGUGAAUAUCCUUGUUAAGAGUGAAGAUUACAACGGAGAAAGCCAAAACUUUGUAUCAUGUAACGUAUCGGUGAGGAUGGCAGCACAUGAAGAAACACACGAAGUACGCAUUUCCGGAUGUAUUGCGACAAGAAUACUGGAUCUUCAAAGUAGAACGGAAACCCCGAUCAAACGAGAAGAAGCUGAUGUCGACUCAGUCAGAGAAGAAGCGAUAAAAAUUCUGAAUAAGCAGUCUUCUACAGCUGUUACGUUUCACGUCCACUUGUCAGAGGUUUUGAGUCGUCAGUCAGUUAUAGUAUGCCGAGUGACAUACUGGAUCAGAACAUUCCCAAAGGAGAAAAAAACACUGGAUAUCGAAGACUGCCGUAUUUUCGAUCACAUAAAGCAAGACGGCUACCGUAGAAAUAUGAACCAAGAGGAGUUCCGAAAAUUCAUUGUGGAUCCGUUGUCAUAUCGAUUUUUGCGUCUGAUUAACGGCACAAUAAAUGCGACGGAUUCCUUGAAAAUUGAUGAUAUUUAUGCAAGAGAAUAUAUUGGAGGCGGUCUAUUUGAAUCGGCCAGAGGCGUUUCUUCGGUUUUAAAUGAAACAUUUGAAUUUUACGCAAAUUUGGUCUCCCAGUCUGUACAUGAGACAUGCGCAAACUUUUCAUCGAACAACCAUCUCCAAGGAAGUUGUCACCCUUCCCAGAACUUUUACCAGUGCCACUGCAAGGUCACGAAUCAGCCGUGGUUGUUUUGGUUUAAGGAACUGGAAGUCGUAGAUUGCGUCCGUAUUUCCAAACAGCCAAUGAAAACUGUCAAAGAAGGGCCCGCUAUCCCACUGAAUCUGACGCUGGUGCGGAAUAGUCGUUAUGAGUCGGAAUUAAGCAGUUUACGUCAGCAUCUUCUUUCAACGGAUAAACUUAUCUAUGGGGACCUUGAAAUUCGAAGGGAUGAACAAUCUUUUGCAGCUGGAAAACGUCGAACCAUCUCAAUUGAGUUUCGACCUGCUCACUGCAAUAGCAGUUUGAGCCAGGCAGAAUGCAACUUCUGGCGUCACUCGCAUUUCGUCGAGUGCACAUUGGUCGAUAUUUAUGCGGAUUUCGAUGGCAAACUAUCAACACAUUUGAUUCCGAAAAACUGCCGAAAGGUGCUUAACCAAUCUGAUUCCACCGUCAAACAACUGCUGCAUUCUCAAAGUUGGAAAAUGGACAAAGGAAAUGGUCUGCCUUCGACUGAAACAAACGAGUCGGAGUUAUCGAUUGGCAUAGUAUAUAGCGUGGCAAGGGUUGAAAAUGUCUCAACUCAGUAUGAAGAUGGACGUCUGGUUACCUUCAACGCCAUACUGCAGGUGGAAACUUGCAAGACCUCUCUACCGCUGCGAAACGAUACCCAUUGUUCUGAUUGGUUACCCCAAGGUCAAUUCGUAUGCAAAGGUCAGAUUUUUGAAGGCCUGCAAGUCAACAGCAAAUUGGAAACAAAACUGUUUGAUUGCUAUCUGGAUAACCCCCUGACGACCACAGCGAGCCUCCCUACAACAAGCUUCACAACUCUUUCUGCAACACCAUAUCAACGAAGUGAAGGUACUGAGGAGACAAUAUAUUGACAAUGCACUUUUCACAACAAUCAAUCCAAAUCAAUGAAUGUUAUAUUUAUCCUGCAGGUGACUGAUAUGAACCCAAUUUUCCUGCUUACCUGAUUUUAAACUAAUUUUACUAAUCAACUAAAUAUAAUUGAUCUGUU